UGCUCUAGCCUUUCAGUUGGAGGAGAGGGCUUCCUUCCCAGAGGGGAAGGAGGUCGAGGAAGGAUUCCAUGUUUUCGUUGGCCCUGAAAUGCCUUAUCAGUUUAUCCACCGUCAUCCUGCUUGGUUUGAUCAUCGCCUAUCACACAAGGGAAGUACAGCUCUUUGUGAUCGACAAUGGUGCAGAUGACUGGCGGAUAGCCAUGACCUACGAGCGUAUCCUCUACAUCAGCUUGGAGAUGCUGGUGUGCGCCAUCCACCCCAUCCCUGGAGAGUACAAGUUCUUCUGGACUGCACGCCUGGCCUUCUCCUAUACCCCAUCUCGGGCAGAGGCUGACGUGGACAUUAUUCUGUCCAUCCCCAUGUUCCUGCGCCUGUACCUGAUCGCCCGGGUCAUGCUGCUUCAUAGCAAACUCUUCACUGAUGCCUCCUCCCGAAGCAUCGGGGCCCUCAACAAGAUCAACUUCAACACCCGAUUCGUCAUGAAGACGCUCAUGACCAUCUGCCCUGGCACGGUGCUGCUGGUGUUCAGCAUCUCUCUGUGGAUCAUCGCUGCCUGGACUGUGAGAGUCUGUGAAAGGUACCAUGAUCAGCAGGACGUAACUAGUAAUUUUCUGGGUGCCAUGUGGCUCAUCUCCAUCACGUUCCUUUCCAUUGGCUAUGGGGACAUGGUGCCCCACACAUACUGUGGGAAAGGUGUCUGUCUUCUCACCGGCAUCAUGGGUGCAGGCUGCACUGCCCUUGUGGUAGCUGUGGUUGCCCGAAAGCUCGAACUCACCAAAGCAGAGAAGCAUGUGCACAACUUCAUGAUGGACACUCAGCUCACCAAACGGAUCAAGAAUGCCGCCGCCAAUGUCCUCCGGGAAACGUGGCUAAUCUAUAAACACACAAAGCUGCUAAAGAAGAUUGACCAUGCCAAAGUCAGGAAACACCAGAGGAAGUUCCUCCAAGCUAUCCACCAACUGCGGGGUGUCAAGAUGGAACAAAGGAAGCUGAGUGACCAAGCCAACACCCUGGUGGACCUUUCCAAGAUGCAGAACGUCAUGUAUGACUUAAUCACGGAGCUCAAUGACCGGAGUGAAGAUCUAGAAAAGCAGAUUGGCAGCCUGGAGUCCAAGCUGGAGCACCUCACAGCCAGUUUCAAUUCCCUGCCCCUGCUCAUCGCAGAUACCCUGCGCCAGCAGCAGCAGCAGCUGCUCACUGCCUUCGUGGAGGCCCGGGGCAUCAGUGUGGCCGUGGGAACUAGCCACGCCCCUCCCUCUGACAGCCCUAUCGGGAUCAGCUCCACCUCUUUCCCAACCCCAUACACAAGUUCAAGCAGUUGCUAAAUAAAACUCCCCACUCCAGAAGCAUUACCCAUAGGUCUUAAGAUGCAAAUCAACUCUCUCCUGGUCGCUUUGCUGUCAAGGAAGUUUCGGACCAGGGAACAGAACGAAGAGAGAUGGAACAGAUGAGCUGACUCAUGUUCUUUCAGCGUGCUUUGUUCGAUAUGCCUUGAAACCAGAAAUCUAAUCUCUGUUUAGGUGCCUCUACUUGGGAGCUGGAAGACGAGGUGACGGGAAGCAACGCCUCUGUCAGGGCCCUUGCUGCAGAGUUGGCGGAGAACAGAAAUCCCUGCUCAAUCUCAGGUUUUCACAGGGAGGUGGGGAGGGGCAGCCACUCUGAAGCAGCUGAGAGGGAAGCCAGCCAAAGUGGGGUGUGCUGAGCAAGGGUGGUAUUAGGUUUGGGGAGUGGGUUCCUGGCUGCCUUGGGACCUCAGCUCACCUGUCCUGUCCUUUUGUCUAAGGAAGCCUCUGGGUGGUAAAAAAAUAAAAGAGAGCCGCCCAGAAUUUUCCAAAACAGGCAUACCCAAAUUAGACUUGGGGAGGGUGGUGACGUAGACAAAUAAAAAGCCAGAUUUUCCAUCCAAUAAUACUAUCCAUCAUAUACACACACAGAUGUUCAAUCCAGGUCAUUUUCUGUUUGAGUUGAGCCCAAAUGAAAGGGACCUGGUACCUCCCCUUGCACACAGUAAUUCUGCAUUGAGAUGAUGCAUGGGGUGUGUUUAGUUGAGGACGUUAGAGGGUAUUGGCUACAUUUUGAGCUUCAUUGAAGAUGCAGGUCCCUCCUUCACAGUGUCCUGGGCAUGCAUGUGGCCUGAUUUAAUGUAUGCCAACUCCACACUGGAGAGAUAAAUGUCCUUUUAAAAACAACAGCUUUUGAAGAGGUUUCAUCCAGCCAAAUAAGCUGUGUGCUGAUGGAACCCAUGUUCCCAGGUGUCUGUGUGUGGGGGAGGAGGAGACAAGCGUGCCCAAUGCCACCAUAGUGAGUGCAACUAUUGUCUGGGGCUUUGCCGAAGCAUCUUCAGCCAGCAGAAGGUUCCAGCCGGAGAUGUAGGAGUGUGGAAGGAUCAGUGCCUAACACUGCUAGGUUGGGAGGAGAAAGGUAGAGAGUGGCUCCUGUGGUCCCUUCUACCUUACCUGACAUCAUCUCAAAAUGAAACACUGUGAGAACACAAGAAGCCCUAGGGGCAUGUGUGUAAAGUGAGAGAACACAUUUGUUGGAAGCUUGUUCCUAUUGUGCCACACCCAUCUUGGGGCAAAACUUACUCUACUGAAUCCAAGAGACUCCAGAAACAAGCAGAUCUGGGAUAGGCGUGGGCACUUGCUUUUAUCCCCAUUGCUCUGUGAUCUGACUGUGCACACAGCUGUGGUGGGAAAGCUAUUGAGUUUUAUCACUUCUCCCAUCUGGAGGUCUUCGGUUUCUGCUUAUAAGAAAUUAUACGUGGAAUAUUUCAUCCAUCUUUUGGUAGGACAAAAGGAUGUUAUCUGUGUAUAGUUGCUGUCUUGAGAGUAGCCCCGUGUCAGGCUAUCACAGGUCCCUGGAGGCAUCGCCUUACUAUGUGCAUUUUUCUUGUGCAAUGCUGGGGCUGGUCCUCUCAGGACAGGGAAUUGCUGGACAGUGAGGUGGGCAACUGUGGCACGGAAGACAUGCCUUGGUUUUUUGUUUGUUUGUUUCUAAGCCUCUUGUUUGUCUUUCUGUCUUGAUGCUGCUGUCUCGUGUCUUGUGUCCGCAGUGCUGGAGACCAGACUUGCGGCUUCAUGCGUUUUAAACAAGUGCUGUUCCAGUCAGCCACACCCCAGCCUGCUGCUGUUGUCUUAAUGGCCUAUCUUCUUAAUGGUCUAUCUUGAUCGCCCCCUCGAGCAUUUUCAUUAGCUGUUUUGCACACCAGAGAAGCCACAUUUGUUGUUAGCAUUUAAUUCUUUUUACUUGUUCUUUUAAUUAUUAAUUAUCGGAAAGAUUCUUUGUAUCCUGAGAAUGGUAUUCCUGUUUUCAGUUUAGCCAUACCUACAGGCAGAUAUACACACAGAUGAAAUAGCCAUUGUACCUUCUUUGUAGCAUUGGUUGCAUUUCACAAAAGGAAGGCUGCUGAUGGGCCCACUUCCUGGUCAUGUGGUCUAUUGGCCCUCAGCUGUUUUCCCUGCUCUCUGUUGCAUCUUGCUGUGAUCCUGUGCUGUGUGGUCAUAAGCAUGGCACAUCUAAGAUUUAGUUCCCAUUUUCACAUAAAUGACAUGCAAGAUCCCACCGCUUCUCCUGCUGUGUAUCCAUCUUGGUUUGGACAUAGUCUACAAUCUGUCUUUUUGUUGAUAUUCUUGCUAAGUAAACCCUGAAGGCCAAGCUAACAACACUAGUGUAGAGGAUGGCUAGAGCUGUUUCAGGAGGGCACCACUAGCAUUAGAGAGAGAUGUGGGAAUUUGUAGGGUGGCCUGGCCUGUUGGUAUUGCAAUAGGUCUGUGUGGCCUUAUCUCUAGCAGAAGAAUAUACCUCGAGAAACAUGACAGGAUCAGAAGGUUGGCUCUGUGAUGGCAAAUGAGCUGCUGCUUUUUUGUCCUGAUAUUGCAGCUUCAUGAGGGAAGUCAUAAUUCUCUUGCAAAUAUAAUCGACCCUUGAUGAGCUAGGUAAUGAGGAUCCUGGUUAGCUCACCCAGAUGUAUCCCUGCAUCUUUUAGAUGAUCCCACAUCACCUAAGCAUCCCAGUUGAGUGGGGAAGGAGGCUAGUGGAUUCUAAGGCCAUGUGGUAGUGGAAAGAGUCUGAGUCUCAAGAGUGGGCUGCAAUUUAAAACUAUGAAUACUGUAAUUUUGCCCUAGCCCUGAACUGGUCCAAUUUCACUCACUCCUAGAAGGCUGACCGAUGGCAGAGGCCUUCCUAGCAUCUUUCCAGGAAUGCAGUAGCAGACGGAAGCACUCCAAUAUUUCCCCAAAUAUCUGGACACUUGAAUUAAAAAUAUAGAGCCACCCUGUCAUUGCUUAAGCCAUAUAAUUGCUUCAUGUACUGUGAAGUCAGGGAUGUACUGUGAUACUCCAAGACCACUGAGCUCAGUGGGAUUUCAGGAUAUAGCCUCAGUUGGUAAUUUACACCCGACUAGAAGCUCAUUCCUCCUUAGAUUGACAUCCAAAUAAGAAUCUGCACCUUUGGCUCAAAGGUCGCAUGUGUGAUUAUCAUCAAUAAAUCAUUAUGAAGUGUCUGUGGGCCAUUCUUACCACCUCCAUAAUGUAUAACUCCAUGACAUCAUGUCUCGAAAUAUGACCCAAAUGAAUGAGAGGGGCUAUAGCCAUGCAUCACCAGUGACUGUGACCCUAACAGGGUCGGUCCUGUGCUGAAACAACAACCUUGUAAAUCAGAAGACAUAGAAACUGAAUGUGAAAUCUAGCCCUCAAACAGCACAGCACUGACAAAUAAUGAUUUCAACGUAUCUGGAGAGUUUCCCCUUACAAAGAAGUCAUGGAAAGAAGAAAACUAGUGAUACAAAAUCAGAAUAGGUGAAAGUCUGAGACUCCUGCCAAUAGGUCUCAGUUUGUGUGUAUUUAAAAGCGAAGAUGAAUUAAGUUCAAAGUAUUCAGUAGAAGACAAAAUGAGAUCCCUAUCGCUAGCACAGCAGCCUUGACUGACUAGCUAACCCACACUUAGAUGUUACAUUUGAAUGUUGUGAUAGUUACCAAAAAGUAAUUACUGCACAUUGGAUAGGGAGUGAUUUGCAGGGAGAAAGACAGAGUUUGUGCAGAGUUCAGGAAGCCCCCAUCCUCCAGAGGAUGACAAACAAUGUAUUCCAAAUAGAGAGUCAGUAUUCCAUCUCAAAACAGACACCCUAGCCACUGCUAGAGAAACCCGGCUGAGACACUGUGACACUACCAGCAGGUUACGACUUUCUAAACUACUGCUUUUAAAUGCUCAAAUAGGUUCCCACCUCAUCCAGUCACUCUACUUCCCCCAAAGCUACUAGAAGCAGAUUAAGGAUCCAUUAGUGGUCAUUCUGCUGUCCCUGUUGACUUCUUGGUUUGGUUUCAGUCCCUUAGAUGGCUAUCUGGAGGCUUCCUGGCAGACGCAAACAGUUCAUUCUCUCCCCUGUAGCCAGCUGGCUUGUUCAUACCUUGGGCAGAAUCUCUUCCUUCUCCACCUCUGCCAAAGCAAACAUUUGGGGAAUGGGAUUAAAGCUAGCCCUAAGACGGGGGGGGGGGGGGGGGGGGGGGGGGGGGGGGGGGGGGGGGGAAUGGAGGGUGGUGAUAGUGUCUGCCUGUGGUAACAGGAAGCUUGUGUCAGGCUGCAUGAAUAAUAAGGUCCUGCCAGACAAGGAAUAUGUAGACUUGUGUUGAACAAGGCCACAGCUUAUGAACACAUGUUCUGUGAAGUGGUCUAUAGGCAGCCACAGAGGGGGAUGUAACUGUGAUCUUUUUGUCUUACGCCAUUACUGGAAACGCCCACACACGAACUGGAGUUCCCUCGGAACAACAUUGUCAAAUCUUCAACAGACGACCUCCGAACCAGGUGCCAUGAGCCCUGCACAGCUGUUUACACACUGAGACAUGUAUUCUGGAAGCUGCGAGCAACCUCGGGCCUGGACUGACAAGAGACCUUGUGACCAAUCAAGCUGGUGGAGGAAAAGCACAAAAUUCAAUACCAACCUCUAGUUAAGAUCCCAAAGAGAUGCUGACAUUUCUAGCAAAAAUAAUAACAAUAAUACUAAAUAAUAAAUAAAUAGGAACAGUGACAAAUAAAAAAAAAUGAAUCUGAUUGGAACAGCCGAUAUCCAGCUUCCCAGAGGGAGGACGGGGCUGAGUGACAUUCUCCAGCUGUGUCACUUCUCGGAUCCCAACCAGAGCUGACCCACCUUCAUCAUAUAUGGUAUUUAAUGGCGCAACACAGUGAUCGAUUUAGUCCCAGUCUCUUCAUUCUGUGCUGGCCACAAGAGAACAACAAACUCGAGUGAUAGGAUGUUGAUGGAGGAACCAUUUUCAUAGCAAACUCAGAAAUGGAGGUGUUUAUAUUCCAAACCAGAUGGGCUUCAGUAUGAAUUUGCAUCUUGCCUCUGUACUGCUUGCUAUUUUUUAAUGAUAGGAGAAAGCAUAACAGUUUAUUUUAAAUAUGAAAUAUAUUGCUAUAUUAUAAAAUAUAUUGUAACUUUCGAUUAACAUUUUGUAUUGAGCUAGUCUUUAGCAGGCUGGGUGACAGCCUGCUUUCUUUCCUAACGACUGUUUCUGGGUACACAUCGCUGUUAGCGGUUGCCUGACCCCCAAACCCAGGGUCCUGGUUCCACGGCAGGCCGGAUGGCCAUAUUCUCCAAGACUGAGCAGUAGAGAUAAAAAUAGCCAUGAGGUAAGCGGAGAAGAAUAAUUCCACCCUAAAUUCUACCAAGCCAUUUCAGAAGCGAUUUGUAAAGCCAUCACUCCUUAAGUAACCGUCAACAAUUUAGUAAAAGCGUAGACUCUUUCUAUCUAAAUGCAAAGGGCCCAGUCUGUAAGUUUUUUGCCUCAGGCACAGCCAACCAGCUUUCCUCUGGCAACAUCAGAAUUGGGCAUUAAAAAAAGACUCUUGUUUACACUGCCUCAAAAUACUAAAAAUUCUAAGCAUUGAGUUUCUCUAUAUACGAGGACAACCAAGAUUAGCCAGGCAGGGCCCAGUGAGAACUGAGGUGCAGGUGUGCCUCUCUCAGUUGAUAAUCUCUUGGAGGAGGGUGUGAUUCAGGAAGGGGAAGAUCAAGGUGUCUGCAGUUUGUCCUUGAUGCUGGAGGAGGGGGCAGGAUGUGCAUAGCAAGACCCAGUACAGAGCCAGCUUCCACAUUUGCUAUUCACUGUAGAUAGGGGGAGAUGGUUCUGAAUAUCACAUUUCCUCUUAUGGCAAAAAUAAGCAGCCCAUGAAACCCACUCGCUCCUUCUCGAUACAGUACCUGAGAUAUACUUGUUACAGAAUUACAGAGUUCCUUCUUUUGAAUUACCAGGGUCCUAUUCUAUAUUAAAAUGGAUGAAGGAUAUCCUCCCUAAAUCUGCACAUCUCCCGAUGAGGAAUGUGCUUGCUGGGAUCACUUCUGCACAACACAGGACAGGUGCAGACCAAGGAGCAUCAGGGGAGAGUUACCUGCCUGCCUCUUCCCUUCGCAAGCUCUGGAAAUGCACACAGAUCCACAGAUCAUGCAAAGCUGUAGGUGCUGCCCUGGGAAAGAGACUAGAAGCCUCUAAGGUUCCCUGAACUUCAGCCGUAGCACCUGUUAGUCAUGCUUAAUGACAGACAAGUUUCUAAACAUCCAGUUUCAAUCAGCUGGAGUAGACAGGGCUGUCUGUGUAAGCAAGUCACGUUUGUUUCUCUCGGCAUCUGCAUUACUCUUCAGUUAUGUGCUAGACUGAGCACCAUUAAAGCCAUCAGAACUCCAGGGCACCUGUUUUUAACACAUGGCUUACUCGCUGGGUAAUGGAAAUGAGCUAACUCUCAAUUUGGUAAUUGACUGAGAGAUAUUGAUUUGUUUCUUUAUACAUCUCCUGCUCAAAAUGGAGCUAUUUUGGCUUUUACUUCUAGCGAUCUAUAGACUGGCUAAGAUGUUUACAUGUAUAGAGAACACAUAUAUUCUGACCUUUCCCAUCAAAGAUGUAACUCAUCCAUAAUCAAGGAAACUAAUCCAAAUUCUAGUUUUGGUGGAAACAAGCUCUGGACAAUAAUUCAUGUGCGUAGCCCUAUGCUAAUCCUUGGUACUCCAGGUGAGAGCCAAAGACCGGCGGCAUUCACAUCCCCCACAAACUUGUCAGAAAUAGGUUCUGUGCCAGGCCCGCUCAAUCACAAUUAGCAUUUUAACCAGUGCUCCUGGUGAUCUAUAUGCAACCAGCACUGAGAAGUGCUGGCCUCCCUCACUGUACUGCAAUGGUAACCAAUAAUUCAGCUAUUUCUUUCUCAAAUAUCAUUUACCAAAUUGUUUGAUGAUAGACAGCUCUUAUAUGAUUGUAAGGGUAAAGAUGGGUUUAUGUGAUUGUGAGGAUAAAGAUGGGUGUUAUCUUAAAAUUCCAUUUGAUAUUGCACAGUUUAAAUGACAUACAUGAACUGUAAUGUCAAUUGGAGGUGGCCUUUCUCUAGUCUGAUGUGAAAAGCCACUCAAGUGACAGCUUUGAGCCACCUCAAAGCCCCCUUUUUGACUCUGAUCAUGGGCCUUCAGAGUAUAAGGUGGAGCCAUGGGUGAGCCCUGGAUAGAAGGCUCCCAAGUCUCCCCUCAGCAUACUGCAGAAAUGGGACAUUCCUGGUUCCCUGUCCCUCCAUGAGGAAGCCAGAAUCCCUCAGUGAGGACUCUCCUUAGACAUUCAGACACAUUCCUAAUCUCCUGAGGCUUCUCCUAUUUGUCACAGCAAGCAGGGCAAAGAGAGAUGUAAAUUCUGAUAUUGGUACCCUAAAUUGAUAUGUGCCCAGAAACAGUUAUGUUCUAAAUUAAUGGCUUUAACCUGUUCAUUGUAAAAAGUGCCUUGGACUUCAAUCUAAAGAGGUCAGUAUAAAUAUGUAUGUGUGUGUGUGAUGUGUAUGUAGGCAAAUAUUUACAUAUUUAUACAUACACAGGUGCAUACACAUAUACCUGCACAUUCAUAUAUAAUAUAUACAUAUAUAUAUAUAUAAAUGCUUCAUAAUAUAUCAUAUUGCUAUUCACAGCUUCUUAUUUUGUUUGGUCCUAUGUUUAUUUGUUUAGUGAGAUCUUUACAUAGAAAGGUUCUAUUUAGGACAUGGAUGUAUUUUUUGUUUGUUUUUUACUUUUUAUUAAAAAGGUAAAGGAUAUUA